AUGAAUCAACAGAGAAGCAGUGUUACUGAAGAUCUGGAAAAUCCUCUAUCUCUCAACGCCAAUGACAAUUCCAACAUGAUUCUUGUCAGUCCGCCGUUGCUAGGCAGUCGUAACUAUGGAUCCUGGUGCAUUUCGAUGAGGAAUGCGCUGGAAAUCAAAAAUAAGUGGUCGAUCGUUGACGGCACUAUCACAGCUCCAAGUAGAGAUCAAUUCCAGUAUGCGGCGUGGAGACGUUGCAAUCUCAUGAUAUGUUCAUGGAUCUUCAAGUCAGUCCACGCCUCCAUUGCUCAGAGCAUAAUGCAUCUGGACAAAGCCACAGAUGUAUGGGAAGACCUGCAGAGGAGGUUUUCUCAGUGCGAUGCUCAGAAAAUCGCAGCAGUUCAGAACGAAAUAUACAAUCUAAAGCAAGGAACUCUUUCAGUAAAUGAGUACUACACGAGGUGUAGGACACUCUGGGAGGAAAUGAACGCUUUGCGACCUCUACCAGUAUUGAGAACCUAA